AUGGUAUUCAAAGUUUCAUUUGAAAUACCUAAAAAUUUUUUUGAAGAAUCAAAUCUUUUAACUAUGUUUUGUGGUCUCAAUAGUGGUUUUUUAGCAAAUUUUUUAGUUAUUAAACCAAAAUUCUUUAGAAUUCUUGCUACAGUAAACCUGGAAAUUUCAAUUUUAAAGUUAUUACAAAAAAUUUUUGUAAUAUCCAUUAAACUCAAUCUAUGA